AUGUCAGAUGGCGGCCGAGGGGAUGCAACCCAAGUAGCUCGCCUGCCCCCUGCGCAUCUCCAUCUGCUCUCCGGCGCACUCUCUGGCCUCGCCUCCUGCGUCGUUCUCCAGCCACUCGAUCUGGUCAAGACGAGGCUACAGCAAGGCUCGCCAUCGACGCAGCAGGUCAGGAUCGUCAGCGCUGCAGUCCAUGUCGUCAAGGACGAUGGCAUACUCGGUCUCUGGCGCGGCACUUUGCCCACCAUUGCAAGAAACGUGCCGGGAGUAGCAUGCUACAUGUUCAUGCUCACCCGAUCGAGGCUCUGGCUCUCGACCCUGCCCCAAUUCGCACCCCGUCAUCCUGCCGCAUCGCCAUCAUCGGGCCUGACAAAGCAGACAGCUCUGCCCAAACUGACUCCCACUGGCGAUCUGCUCGCAGGCAGCAUCAGCCGUACACUCGUCGGCUUCGUUCUCAUGCCCGUCACCGUCCUCAAGACCCGGAUGGAAUCCUCUCUGUACCCUCGCCAGGGCCUGAUUGCCUCUUUCAGAACGAUCUGGGCACCCCAGCAGCAAACUGGCCAGAUCGCCGGGGUACGAGCACUCUGGUCUGGCUUCGUGCCCACUGCGCUCAGAGACGCGCCCUACGCCGGACUCUUUGUCGUCUUCUACGAGCGAAGCAAGACCAUCGUGGGCAAGAUACGUAUCGGUGAUCGUGACGUUCCCCGAGGCGUACGAGAUGGCAUUGCAGGAUCGCUUGGCGCUACGCUAGCGACGCUGAUGACGGCACCUUUUGACACACUGAAGACGAAGCGUCAGUUGAGACCAGAGACAUACAAAACCAUCUGGCAAUCUUCUGUGCUCAUCUGGCAACAGAGGGGUUUCCUCGGCUUCUUCGAUGGUGUCAGCUUGCGCGUGGCUCGCAAAGCAGGUAGCUCCGCCAUCGCUUGGUCACUCUACGAGGGCCUCAUCCGCCGAUGGGCCCUACCGCCGAAGACCUGA